AUGGUACAUAUGCCCCUUCACUUCUAUAUGUUCACAGUCCAGGUCAAAGGCCCACACGAAAGCAAAUGCGACGACCACCGGGACCAACUUCUUGCGCAACUGGGAAAAGCCCCUCGGGACAUUCAGUUUCUUCAAAUAACGGAAGAUACACCCUCGAAUAUUGAAUGGGCACUGCUUAGCAAUCACUUCAGCAGCAUCAAGGAUCUAGAGAUGCACACGGGUUUCAACGAGGAGUUGAACGAUGCGGAACUACCAGCACACUGGCCGUUGGAACGGCUUCUUGUUAGCGACGCCUGUGGAGAAGUGUUCCGCAGCCCAUUUGUGCUCGAAGGAAGGGUCAAGUAUGUUGUUCUACUAGGGACGUCUGGACUGCGGUUCGAAGGACCGACCAGUGAUGAGCUGCGUCGUGCGAACAAGGAAGCGAUUGCUCGAGGAGAAAAAGUGGCUAAAUACAUCACUGUCCGCAAAGAAACGCCGGAAGCGAAGAAAAUUGAGCUGGUAUGGCUUCCGGAACUCGUCUUAGAAGCAAUGAAUGACAGAUAUGCGGGGAUGCGCUCAACGCCACUACCUAUCAUACAAGAAAACAAAAACUUACCACUGCUCCCAAAAGAAGUUCCAACAAAGAUGACUAAACUGGAGAUCCUUGAAAACGAUUCUAUUGAUACCUUCAACCGGAUGACCAUUGCUCUUCCUCAUGUUAUAGAGAAGCUCUCUACACUCAACAUUCGCUCCACCCAUGGAUUAGAUUUCCACUUCACGACUGAAGAGCUGUUUGCCUGUAUUCUUCCGCAGCUUCCGGAGUUGAGAACCUUAGUACUCUCUGUUGGCGAAGUCUUCAAGGAUGAAACCUUUCUUCCAACACUCUACACACUUUUUCCCCCGAAUCUCUCAACACUACGCUUUCGAGGUCCCACGUCGCUUGUCAGAUCCAGCGAGUGGGCCAACUGGAUAAAGUCCUUUGCGUCUUCGGACUUUUUGCCGAACUUGGAACGACUGAGCUUUGUACUAGAUCUGCAUUAUGAGGCCCCAAAGGAAGACUCAUCCUCUAAGAGGAAGCCUGUCACGACACCAGAGGAUAUACUUCGAGAUGCGCAGAAUGCGUGCAAACAGCUGUAUCGGGCUGUUGAGCAGCGUGGAGUUGUUGUUGCACCAUUUCAGGAUAAGUGGUCCGAUCGUUGGUCACUUCUCAAACAGGUUGAUAAGCGAUGGAUGCAACUUUGA